AUGCCGGGGUUCUUGUUUCGGGCGCUCACGAAGGCCGAUUCGUCGAUCGGGAGUACGUGGGUUGGGAAGACGAUGGACCGGAUGCUUUCGGGGACAGAGAAGGAGGACGAGGGGUCUAAGUUUGUGUGUUCGCGUACGGAGCGGGAGGCGGUGUUUGAUUCGAUUGCGUUAGAGAAGGUAGGCAGUAAGGCGAGUGCGGAGCGACUCCAGUUGGAUUAUGAUUUGGGAUAUAACCGGCUGGCCGGGGUUCCGGUUGAGGUGCUGAUGCGCUUGUAUCGGGAUUGUACAGUAGAUACAACUUGGUACACUACGCAUGGCGAUGUGUUCUUUGGCCCUGAGACCGUGGGUGCUGUGAAGAAGGAGAUGGGGAAGGCGAGCGUUGAUCUUGUUGAUGUGCCUGGUUCUACACAUGCAGAUAUCUAUAUGAGGACGGAGGUGUGGGAGAGGAUGUAUCGAAUGAUCACCGGGUCGCAGGGAGAGUAA